AGCCUGAGAUUCGACGCCGUGCUAAUAAUUAAUGUAUUUCUUACCAACUCAGUUAAGCGUACGGAGGGGCCUGAGAUAGCAAGGUGGACGAGACGUAGAGGAGAGAAUAUGGAGGAGAUAGUUCGGAUGCCCUGCGAAGCGGCGGUGCGGGCGGCAAUGGCGGCACUGGAAAGAAACCUCCUCCCGGAUGCAUUGGUCAGGAGGCUGACGCGGCUACUCCUCGCAGGCCGCCUCCGCCUCGGCUACCAACCCUCCGCCGAGCUCCAGCUAGCGGAACUCCUCCGGUUCAAGCAGGCUCUUGAAGAUAUGCCUAUAGCUGUGGAAACUGAUAAAGCCAAAUCCCAACACUAUGAGUUACCCACCUCAUUUUUCAAGUUGGUGCUUGGACAGAAUUUAAAGUACAGCUGUUGUUACUUCAAGGACAAAACAAGCAGAUUGGAAGAUGCCGAAAAUGCAAUGUUAGAAUUGUACUGUGAAAGAGCUCAACUGAAAGAUGGCCAAAAAAUUCUUGACAUAGGAUGUGGCUGGGGUUCCGUUUCAAUAUAUGUUGCAAAGAAAUACAAAAACUGCAUGGUCACAGGAAUAUGCAACUCAUCUACUCAGAAAGCUUACAUAGAAGAGCAGUGUAGGCACCUUGAGCUCCCCAAUGUAGAAAUUAUUGUUGCUGACAUCAGCAAUUUUGAAAUGGAGGCUUCAUUCGACCGAAUUGUCUCAAUAGGAAUGUUUGAGCAUAUGAAGAACUACAAGGAACUUCUUAAGAAGAUAUCAUUGUGGAUGAAGGAAGAUAGCUUGUUUUUGAUGCAACACUUUUGUCAUAAAACAUUUGCUUAUCACUUUGAGGAUAAAAAUGAAGCUGACUGGAUUACAAGAUACUUCUUCACUGGAGGAACCAUGCCUUCAGCAAAUCUACUUCUCUAUUUUCAGGAUGAUGUUAAUGUGCUAAACCAUUGGCUCGUCAAUGGGUCACAUUAUGCAAGGACAAGUUUAUCUCUGACUUCACAUCCUGGGAAGGCCCAUUUGGGAAUGCCUGAUUAGAUGUUGACCUCAUGUCAUGGAAGCGAAAAUGGUGCUGAUUAAUUAUUAAAACCAAGACUAAUGUCUGGAAUAAAUAUUUGGAUAUAUCUAGUGAUCCAGAAUCAAGAAUAAUGACUAUUAUAUGUCUACUCAGAAGAUUGAUUCCCUUAUAUGCAGUACAAUAUAUGGAAGUGCUGAAUGUUUAACGAUGAGCCUAUAUAAAUAGGGAAUUUCUGUUUGCAUGUUUUUCAUUUUCUUUGAGCCAGACAUUGUAGGCGAUCACCUGAAAUUUGACAAACAUUUUAAGUGGUGUAAUUUGACAAUGAUGCGACAAAGAGUACCAAUGUUCAAGCCAGGUUUGUACAAGUGUUCAUGAGUCCAUCUCUUAAAUAAAUUUACUCGCUUGUCAUUA